CAGCAUCGCCACCAUAAGUAACCCUUUAGAUCUCUCACAAAGUGCUCUCUCUCUACUUCGCACAUCACUCAACAAAGCGGUUAGCAAUGUCAGCCGCCGCCGCAUCCUCCACGAUCUCCGUCGCCGCCGCCAACCCCCUCAAGACCUUAUCCCUCUCCUCCAGAUCCCCUCUCCCAUCCGCCAUCUCCCUCCCAUCUCGCAGCCUUAACACCCCUCGCCGCCGCCUCAUCCUCGUAUCCUGCACCGCCGGAGACGGAUCCUCCAAACCAACGAUCCUCGUCGCGGAGAAGCUCGGCGAGGCCGGCGUGAAGCUCUUGGAGGGUUUCGCGAACGUCGACUGCUCUUACAACAUGACCCCCGAGGAGCUCAACACCAAGAUCUCCCUCUGCGAUGCGUUGAUCGUUCGCAGUGGAACAAAAGUUGGUCGGGAGGUUUUCGAGUCUUCUCGUGGACGUCUCAAGGUUGUUGGACGCGCUGGUGUUGGGAUUGACAACGUGGAUCUGAGCGCAGCGACUGAGUUUGGGUGUCUUGUCGUUAACGCGCCCACGGCGAAUACGAUCGCCGCCGCUGAGCAUGGGAUCGCACUUUUAGCCUCCAUGGCUAGGAACGUCGCUCAGGCCGAUGCGUCUGUUAAGGAUGGAGAGUGGAAGAGGAACAAGUAUGUGGGUGUUUCACUCGUCGGCAAGACCCUCGCAGUGAUGGGAUUCGGGAAAGUUGGUACCGAAGUUGCUCGUCGUGCCAAAGGUCUCGGCAUGCGUGUCAUUGCUCAUGAUCCUUACGCACCUGCAGACCGUGCACACGCCAUUGGUGUUGAGCUGGUGAGCUUCGACGAAGCCUUGGCCACUGCGGAUUUCAUUUCGCUCCACAUGCCUCUUACACCUGCAACGAACAAGAUACUCAACGACGAGACGUUCGCCAAGAUGAAGAAGGGGGUUCGUAUCGUUAACGUUGCUCGUGGAGGUGUGAUAGACGAAGACGCGUUGGUGAGGGCUCUUGAUGCUGGGAUUGUUUCUCAGGCUGCGCUUGAUGUUUUCACUAAAGAGCCGCCGGCUAAAGACAGCCCUCUGGUGCAGCACGAGAAUGUCACUGUGACACCUCAUCUUGGAGCCAGCACGAUGGAGGCUCAGGAAGGAGUUGCUAUUGAAAUUGCUGAAGCUGUUGUUGGAGCUUUGAACGGAGAGCUCGCUGCUACUGCUGUCAAUGCACCUAUGGUCUCUGCUGAGGUUCUGACUGAGCUGAAACCAUAUGUGAUACUAGCCGAGAAGCUAGGGAGACUAGCGGUGCAGCUCGUGGCUGGAGGAAGCGGCGUGAAGAACGUGAAAGUCUCGUACACGUCAGCACGAGCCACUGACGAUCUCGACACAAGACUGCUCCGAGCCAUGAUCACCAAGGGAAUCAUCGAGCCGAUCUCUGACGUAUACGUCAACUUGGUCAACGCCGACUUCACAGCCAAGCAGAGAGGUCUCAGGCUCUCGGAGGAGCGUGUGCUCUUAGACGGCUCACCAGAGAACCCGUUGGAGACCAUAACAGUUCAGCUAGGCAACGUGGAGUCCAAGUUCGCGAGUUCGUUGUCUGAAUCAGGAGAGGUGAAAGUGGAAGGAAGGGUGAAAGACGGGAUCCCGCAUUUGACAAAGGUUGGAUCUUUUGAAGUGGAUGUGACUCUCGAAGGUAGUAUCAUACUGUGCAGGCAGGUUGAUCAGCCGGGUAUGAUUGGGACGGUGGGGAGCAUCCUUGGAGAGUCUAAUGUCAAUGUGAACUUCAUGAGCGUUGGAAGGAUUGCGCCGAGGAAGCAAGCCAUCAUGGCGAUUGGUGUGGAUGAUCCGCCAAGCAAGGAGACUCUUAAGAAGAUUGGAGAGAUCCCAGCGAUUGAGGAGUUUGUUUUCCUCAAGCUCUGAGUUUGCUGUGUUGUUGUUGAUUCUUGUACCUUGAAUCUUGAAUGUGAGGGAGGAUUUGAUGAUGAAGUGUUUUACGUUUGUUGGGUUUAGGCAAUAAAGUCUGUCUUUGGAUUUUCUGACAGUUUAGGUAAUGUUGAGAGUAGUAAUCUCUGUGAUGUUUUCAACUCUUUUUUCUGCAUUGUUUGAGUGCUUCUUUCUUCUCUGAA